AAUAGUAAAUAAAUGUAAGACACUGAUCAAUUAAUGAGACAAUAUUGUGAAAGUAUUUCACAAUAUGGUGAUCUUCCACUUCCAACAAAUAUAAAACCUCGUCAUGUAACUAUUAUUUUAAAUCCAGCUGCUAAAAAAGGGAAAGCUAAAAAAUUAUUUCAAAAUUAUUGUGAACCACUUCUGCAUUUAGCUGGAAUUGCUGUAACUAUAAUACAGACAGAAUCACAAAAUGAUGCUCGGAAAAUUAUAAUGAAUUUAGAUACACCUACUGAUGCUAUUAUAGUUGCAGGAGGAGAUGGUACAUUAUCUGAUGUUUUAACUGGAUUAGUAAGGAAAUAUGACUUGAAUCUUAAAUCAGUUAAACAGUGCCCUAUUGGUAUUUUGCCAUUGGGACAAACGAAUAAAAUUGCAAAAUCUUUAUAUCAUAAAUACGAUGAUCUUUCUGAUAUAAAGCAAAUGAUAGAGGCAACAAUGGCAAUUAUAAAUGAAAAAUCUAAAAUGAUGGAUAUGAUUGAAGUUAAACCUAUUGAAGAUAAUCCUAAGGAACCAGUAAAGCCAAUUUAUGCUAUGGGAGCAGUAGAAUGGGGUGCAUGGAAAGAUGCAAAUGCUUUAGCUACAAAAUAUUGGUAUUGGGGACCUUUAAAAAAAUAUGCAACUUAUAUAUUUAAUGGUUAUAAAGAAAAUUUAAAUAAAUAUUGUGAUGUAAUAUUGAAAUAUACACUUCCUUGUGAAGGUUGUUCUCGUUGUAAUCAAAAAAAUUCAACAAAUGGAUUUUCUAAUCUAAACACAAGAUGGUGGCAUGUAUUUGCACCAAGGAAUACUAUCAUUAGAGAUAGUAUUGAUUUUAGUAAGAUAAUAAAUGAAAAAUGUGAUAUUCUCCAUGAAUUACCUAUAUCAACUUGUGAAUUACAUAUAGAAACUUCUAAUAUAGACAAAUCACAAAAUGAAUCUCCAUCAUCUUUGAAAGUGAAAAUGGGUCCAAAGGAUAUAGAUUAUUUUUCUUUUGUAUCUAAAGGUUGGAAAAAAGAACAAAAUAAUAAAUCAUUAUGUGAACAAGUAGUAGAAGCAAAAAAAAUUGAAUUAACUCCACAAACAGUUGAUAAACAUUAUACAUUAUAUAUCGACAAUGAAGAAUACGAAUUAAAAGCAGUUGAAAUUAAAUUGUUUUCACAGGCAGUAAAAGUAUUUUGUCCUCAAUUCAAAAGUUGAUAAAAGAUGUAUAUAAGAUAAAUAAAAUUUAAGAAUUACUUA